UUUCUGAACCAUUCCUCCCUCCAUGUGGGAAUCCUUGGGAAGACUGGCAGAAGUGGAUCCACAUCUCCUGCCCAGGAAAUCCGCACGGUGAUGGGUUUGUGCUCCUGAGUUUUCCAUCGGCACCAUCCACAGGAAGCAGAACUGGUACCACAUUUCUUCCACAGGAAGAUGUUUCGUGCAAGUUUAGCUGGGAUCUGGCCCUGCUGGGCUCCCACUCCUGCAGAAACCCCUUUAACCCCCUGCAGCCGUGGCAGAGGACUGGAAGCCUCCUUCUGUCGUCACUUAACUCUCAUUUUCUUAGGAAACAAGGCUAAGAGGUGGAUUUAUGGAGGGGUGGACACACCCUCAUGCAGCACAGCUCACAGACAGCUGAUGUAGCUCACAAGGGGUAGUAAAAGCAGCUCUCAGGGAUAUUUCCUCCUCUCUCAUGGUAAUUCACCCCACCUUUACUCCUGCCAGGAUCCAGGUAACCUAGGAGGAGACACCCUCAGCUCCAGAGAUUUCCAUGCUUAGAACCUCUCUAGUAAUUUUUUGCUCCACCUUCCUUCAACUGGAAAAACUCCCAAACCUGGUUCUGUGUUAAUGAAAUGAGCUGCUCUGGGAACUGGAAUCCAUCCACGGCACGUGGGUGGGUUCAGGAGUGGGAUGGGACGUUCCUCCAAAAGAUGCUUGGGAUGAAAUCCCUGCUUGGAGAUAUUCAGAGGAUCUGAGAAGGGCUGGGGGAGAGAAGGGAGUGAAUUAAGUCAGUCUGUUUCUUAGGGAUUUGCCUCUCAGAGUGGAGCUCUGGCCGUUCUCAGACAGGUGAGAGCACGGCUAUUCCAUGCUGUGGGCAGGAACGGGGCCUGGCUGCUGCACAGAGCCACCUCUUCUCCAAACUCCCAGGAAUUCGAUGGAUUGGAGGCUGCCAACCCUCUGUCAGCUUCCUUAAGGCUGACUAAGAGGUGUGGAAUUUGUCUGGGGCAAUGUAGACAUGCACCCCCCGUUUCCUCAGGCUGACAGAUACCCGACUACAGACCAAAUAAAGUUCCUUAAAAAAAGGAACUAAAGCCAAGCCUGAAACAGCAAGCUUUUAUCCCAGCUCCUGGUGUUUGCAGCCUCAAGUUCCUUCCUGGACCCUCCCCACAGGCCAGGCAUAGCUGGACCAUUCAGUAUAAAAUGGCAGAGCAGUAUAUUUUGGGAAAUGGUGAUUUUAUGGAAUGGGUCCCGUCUCCUCUGAGAAUCCUUAACAGCAGUUCUCAGCUGUCAUCGCUUCCCUUACAGAUCCUGUUCUAUGUAAAUGGGAUUUAUUACAUCUUCUACUUCUUGGCAACUCUUGCAAUGAUUGUUUACAAAAGUCAAGUUUUCAGUUAUCCAGAUGAUUUCCUGGCUCCUGAUCUUGCCGUGCUUUUCCUUAUGGCCAUGCUGGAAGUGCCUCGACUGUACUUGGGUUGCAAGGGAAACCUGAGGGAGGAGGAGGCUCCGCUGGCGCUCAGCCUGGGGCUCACGGUGGGCAGUGUGGUGCUGAGUGUGUACCUGCUGGCCUGGCAGACCUACGUGCUGUGGGCAGACGUUGUGCUCACGGCAGUGCUGCUCUGUGCCUACGGGCUGGAGUCGGGGCUCAAGGUCACGGCCAUCGCUGCCUUCGUCAGCUGAGCCCAGCACAUUGCCUGCCACACAACAGUGGGCUUUCAUUGCAAGGAUUUAAUUCUUUUGUAUGGAGAACUUCUGUUUCAAUUAGAAAUUUUCAGGGCAGAGAUGUCCCUGUGUGGCAGGUGAGACGUCCUGCCCAGCCCCUCCGUGACACUGUCCCGCUCGUGGCUUAUUUAUGGGCAAAGGAUGAAUCAGCAAAACCCUCAAUGCUCUGGCAUUCACCAGGGAUCAAUACUCAAUACCCAUUCCCAACACAGGACAGGAGCCAGCACAUCAUCCCUGCUGGGAUGAUGGGAGUUUUCAUGGCACAGCAGCAACGUGCAGCCCAAGUGACACAGAAAUGAACCAGGCCAGGACUGAUUCCUGCCUCGCCACUCACACGGCCGUCUUCGAGGGCACAGCUCCUCUGCUGCUCUCAUUUGUGCUUCCAGACCUCAGUGGUAAUUUCCCUGACUUUAGUAGGGCAGAACCUGGUGUAUCCCAGCGGGAGACAGUGGAACUGGUUUUUGUGCAUACCCAGAGAGCUGAGCUGCAGGGUUUGGGCUGCUGUUCUUACUGACAUGGUGUGUGAGGGGAUGUCUGGUUAGAUAUGAUGGCCUCAAAAUGAACAAAACCAUUCACUGCUCACGCUGACUUCUGUCCUGUUUACAAGUCCAACAGAAUGUUGGCAGGUAGAUUCCUAUUUGGUGUUAAACGUGUUGAUUUCCACUAUUCUGCAAAAAUUACUGCAUUCAAGCCUUGUCUUUUAACUGAACAACUUGUGCAAAUUCAGAGUUUUUUACUGUAUCAAAAACAUAUGUUAAUGAAAAGCUUGGGGAGUUUGUGGGGUUUUGAAGAAGCAGGUUUUAUAUUCAGAAUUUCCUAUUUUUGUAUUUAUUUAUUCAUUCAAAUAAAUAAUGGUUUAGAUCUAA